AUGUCCGAGCAGGUUUAUAACACCGAUCUCACGAUGUCCACCGCCGAGGAGGAAACCCUCGCCGAGUCCGGAGUGGAUCUCUUGGUCGACGACCUUCCCGAAGGGCUCAUGCACGAGCUCGAGAGCUCCCCCGACCAUCCCGCUGCGAAGAAGCCAUGCAUGGACUCUGGUGCUGGCCCUGCCAACUUCAACUCCCCCUCCACCUCCUCCGAUUCUGCGCUGGCGCAAGCCGUGCAGUCCCCUGUGCUCCCCGCUGCUGCUGCUGCCCCCUCGUCGCCUCUGCAAAGCCCCGCGCCCUCUCUGGCAGCAACUGCUGCCGCCCCCAGCGCCCCGGCCCUUCGCGCCGCUGCCUACGCGGCUGUCGCCUCCGGUGCUAACCCGGCCCCCGCGCUGCCCGCCUUGCUCUUUGCCUUCCCUGCACCGGGCGGACCCCCCCGAAAUCUUCGCCGCGCGCGCACGAACGCGGCCACCCCUAUGCUCCUCCCCCUCCGCCGUCGCGUGGUUGUCACGCUCCUCCUCCCGGAGUCCGUUUUGGAAUUGCACCGCACGGACAUUCUCGCUGGCAUCAACGCGCAGCUGUGUGGCUUCAUGUUCGACUCCGGCGUCAUCCCCCCCUUCGAGCAAACUGUUGGCGAACCCCUCCGCGUGGCCCGCCGAGUUUAUGGCCGCCUGCUUUUCUCCUGGCCGUCGCAGGAGGAUGCUGCUGCCUUCCGCAAGCUUUUUCCCCUUGCGCUUAAAAUCCCCAAUUCCCGCCCUGUCACGGUGAAACUCUAUGUCGACAGGUUCGAAACCUUCACUGCAGCAAAGGCAGCCGGCUCCCCCACCCUCUCUAUCCGAAACGUCCCCCUGGAAUUCGAUCCAGAAAGCAUACGCGUCUCUCUCCUCGAAGCCACCGAGGAGGAUGGCGCGCACUGGCUGGCGGACCUCACUGACUUUCACCGUGCCUCCGACCCCUACGAGGAUACAUUUUUCACCCACCUCGCAGGGCUCCCGGUCGCCACCCCCGAUGAUCCGAAUUUCGAACGGAUCCCAUCCGAAAUUCUGCUGGAGAGGAACAAGCCGGCUAUGGUGCUCAACUUCUCCUGCCAUGUGUGCGCGCUGUGCGGUAACAACCAUCGCGCAUCGGACCACGAGGUCUUUGCCGUUCGCCGCCGCGGGCGCCUCACGAACAAGAACACGAUCUCAAUUGCUCAGCUGCAACAGGCAAACGCCCGUCACCACUUCCCCCUCGAUCUACCCUCCCCCUACCCAGCAACCGCACGGCGCCCCUCUAACCCCCGCGUACACCCCCCGCUGCCCCUCUCUCCCUAA